AUCAUUUCAGCUGCGACUGUCAAGAUUGGCAAAGAGCUGGCGCUGCAGCGUGCAGGUAAAAAGGAGCAAGCGACACAAAACAGAAAACAUUUAUCCUAGCGGAAAGCGACGAGUGCGAUGGAAGAGGACCGUCCGGCGAAAGCUUACCGUGUGGCGCGACAGAACCCCUAAAAGAGAGGUAUUUAAUAAAGCGAAUAAAGCGCAACACCUUCAGCUUCUUGGAAGAAAGUGCCGUUGUGUCAACCAUCGCUCGGCUCCCGGGGCACGCUUUGUACAGCGAGCAACUUGGACAGCUGCGUGUUUUCAGGCGAGCCAUCAACAAAGAAUGAAAGCAUUCAAACGAGCUCUGGAAGAUGAGCAUCGCCCGGAGCAGGAGCACUCCUCGGCGGUGUCGGACAGCGAUGACGGCUCCCCGCUCGACCUGUCAGGAAGAGGGCUCUUUGGGAAGCGCCGUCGCCGCGGCAACCUGCCCAAGGAGGCGGUGCAGAUUCUGCGGAGCUGGCUGUACGAGCACCGCUUCAACGCCUACCCAUCGGAGCAGGAGAAACUCAGUCUGUCGGGCCAGACCAACCUCUCUGUGCUGCAGAUCUGUAACUGGUUUAUCAAUGCGCGUCGCCGCCUCCUCCCUGACCUGCUUCGCAAGGAUGGCAAAGAUCCCACCAAGUUUACCAUCUCCCGCAAGGUUGGCGGUAAAAAUGAAGGCCACUCUUCUAAUGGAGGUGGAGCCAGCUCUCCAGAAAGCAACUCAUCCCAGCAGCGACCGUCUGUCAUCCGCUCUGCCCCCACACUGGACCUCAGUCUUCUUGGGAACACAGCGGCAGCUAUUCUGACAGGAGCCGGCUACCCUGGCAAGGAGGAAUCAGUCCAGGCGCUGAUGAAGCUUGAUACACAAAGUCUUCUGAGGGAAGCCGAGGAACAGAGUGCUUGUCUCACCAGCACAAUGGCAGCUAGCCCCACCAAUGGCCUCUUCAAUACACCUCCUCCCACUCCUCCCGAGCUGUUCCCCACUCAAGAUUUCAGCGACCUGCGGCUGCUGGUUGAUGCAGCUCUGCAGAGGGCAGCUGAACAGGAGAACCUGAAGAGGCUCCAGGAGAGCCAGAGCAGACCUGCAGAGGCUGCAAAGGCUGAAGUAGUGGAGGCGCAGUGUAGUGAUUACAGCAGCAACAUGGGGCCAACACCACCUCCAGAGGACAGCCAGCAAGUCAUGGAUCCUUCCAGGGUGCAGAGUUUGAUGGAGAAGGCAAUGGCUGUUCCCGUGUCAGCUGUAACGUCAGUAAAGGCUCCAGUGCCUCUUACCUACGCAGCCUCUGUACCAGUCCCAGCUUCGGUCCUGGUCUCGGCCCCGAGGCUAUCUCCUCUCCCAGUGAAUAAAGUCAUAUGGACCCCCUUGGAGAAGGAUAACACCAGAGCUUCCAGUCCGCACCAGCCACAGCUGCUCCCAGCUCAUCUGCCAACCUCAGUGUCUGCCUCAGUUUUAGGAAUGCCGAAUACUCAGAAACCAGCUGCUGCUCCAGCCGUCACCCCAGCGCCAUCAGCAGCUCCAGCCUCAAGCUCAGUUCCAGCUCUACAGCCCACUGCAUGUCCUGAGAGUGCAUCGGUGCCAUCAGCUAGUCCCACCACUGUCACUGCUCCCAGCCAGGCAUCAUCCGAGAGUGUAGCGCUUGUUCCAGCUGCUCCUUCUCUGGCACUCACCUCUUUUACACCCACCAGAGGGCUCCCGCUUUACCUGCCAUUCCACAAAUCCCCUUUAAUCCCAGUCACAUGUCCAUCACCUAUUUCAACCGCAGUGUCAUCUUCUCCAGCACCUGUUCACAACCCGAUCUUUUCCUCUGCACAAGCUCCAACUCCUCCAACAUCAACCUCCACACCAACGAUCAAACCUCUUCUGAGCCUGGCUUCCCACCUCUCUCCUCCCUCUGCUCUUCAGCCCUCCACCACCAGCAACAGCAGCAGCAGCAGCAGCAGCACCACCAGCAGUAGUAGUAGCAGCACACAGAGGAGUUCAGCAGUGGGGCCGAGCGUUUGGAGCAUGGUGCAUGCCGAUAGCAGGCAACCCAGUGCUCUUCAAGUGGUUAAGACCCCCAUCAGCACAGUGUGGGGCCCACAGCACAGCCUGCACUCAGUGAGCGAGACAGUCAAUUAGGAGCCGAAAACACCUUUUUUUUAAUAUAUAUAUCUGUGGAGAAGCGGGGCCAGACAUUCCAUUUGGCUGGACAACACUGUAAAUAGGAGAAUGUAUCUUCAUCACCAGUCAUUAACACCUGUGCCUGCCGAACACAGGGAAUGAAAUAAGACGAAUGAACUGGGCCGUAGGGAACUUUUUAUUGAUUCUUGAUGGAGGCACCUACUGGUAAGAACACUCUUGAUGUCAUACCUGGAAAAUGAACAUUCCUCAGUACCGAGUCGGUGUAAUGUACAAAGCUUUCCAUGACAUUUUUAAAAUCUCUUUCCUCAUGACAACUUAAGAUUAGGAGAAGAACAUCCCUUAAUUGUAUAAAACUUCAUUCGGUGUAAUUAUCAGCACCAGCAGUUAGCCUCUUCAGUAGCAGUUCUGGACUUUAUUGAAUGUACAAAAGACAUUGAUAUCAUUGGUUAGGCUGCCUAUCAUCCAUUCCCCCCCUGGACAAAAAGGAGGAUACAAGUUUUUUUGUUUUUUUUUUUGUUUUUUUUUUUUCUACGUACAGCAACAGCAUCUCUGUAGACGUGCAAUUCAGAGAAUUUCUUUUAGCAAAAUAUAGUCUGUUUACUACAUUUCCCCCUUUUUUUCCUUGGAGAUGAGCGUAAGGGAAACUGAUUGUACUUCUGCGAGCCUGACUGAAUGACUUGCCUCAAUGUGUCUCUCCAUCACCCCCCCCAGCUCCCCCUCUUCCUGUCUUUUUAUAGCUGAGGGGAUUCAUCGGCUCUCGUGAAUUGUCAUCUCAACCACUCAACACACACUCUCAAACAUCACAUGUUUCUUUGUGUGCUUGCCGGGUCCAGUCUCUAAAAAUGGGCUGUAUUUCCUCGCUGUUCUAUUACUUUAUGCGAUCAGUUGCGUGCAGCUGUCAGGGAUUGUCGUUGAGGGGGAGGGCUUUGGAUACAGGAUGAAGGGGAGAAGGUCACAUUGGAUCUGUUACAGAAUCAAUUUCAGUAGAGAGGUGAGCAGCAAGGUGACGACGUCAAGCUCUCACUGCUCCUGAAUUGAAAUGUUACACUUGCUGUGAGGCAUGGCGCCUAUUUAUCAUUUUUGUGGUGCAAACACUUUAGAUGUCGGAUCCUCUUAUUUGGGGGAAAUACAUCAAUUAUUCAGAUUUCCCUCAUCUAUUUGGGGCCUUAGUAUUUGGUCAGUGUAUUUCAAACCUUGAUGUCUUACUAGUGGAAAGAUGAAUUGAUGCGUAUAGUGUCUCAGCAAAGCAAAUGUAGCACAUGUACCGAAGUAGCUUAAAAUCUACUGGAAGUUUUUUUGUUUUGUUUUGUUUUUUUUCCCAGGAGCUUACACAAGCAUAACAAAUCAAGUCUUUCCUCAUCAGAGCUUUUCCUGGUUUAGAAAUGGUUCUUAUAGAGUUUCUAAUCAUUCAUACAGCUGUAGUUUCCAUGAAACUGUCUUAGCACAAACCACAAUAGAAGGCUGAAUGCCACCUGGAUAUCCAUAAACUGUAGCAACAUGCAGAAAAGUUCCUCUGUGAAUUAUACAACAGUGAAUCUUCAGUGCUGUCAUGUUUACUCUUGUCAGUGAGCUGUGCUUCGUUCAGAUGGUUACGUUCAGCAUGCACGGAGAGGAGACAGAGAAAUGUGAUGUUGGGUCAGAGUACUGCUGAGCACUAACCCAUCACGCCCUGAAAGUCAUCUUGUUCAUGGCAGAUGUGGUGGCUCCAGCUCUCCUCUUGUAUUUCCACUUCUUUUUCUUUCGUUGGGUCAUCCUCACUGCCUCUGUGAUGUCAGUUUUUUCUGUUACAGGUACUCACUAGACUGAUGUGCAUUUAUACCUCAAUUUACACAGGUCAUGUCAGGCUUGGGUCAUAUGUAGAAUACUAAGUAUUAAAGUAAUAUUUUUAUUGUUCAUACUACAUCAUGCCACUGUGACAACACCCUAACGGUUAUGAUACUGGAAACGGCUGGUUUAAGUUUAGGCAGGCAUGUUAUUUUUGUUGUUUUGUUUUUUAUAUUAUGGUUUAUAUGUGAUUUUUUUUUUUCUUCUUUUUUUAGAUGCGCUCCAAUCAGAUCAGAUAAUGUGACGAUGCAUGUAAAUAUUUUCAAAGUCAUGUUUUUUGUUUGUUUGUAUUGGCAUGAACUUAAUCUUAAACUGUGUAGUUUCUUUCCAGCCAAAUGCAUUCAAAAAUGUUUUUCAAGUUCAUGUUGUGAAUCAUGACUGACUGUUGGCAGUAUGACUGGCUGCUGUGCCUUAAACCUACGACUGAGGGAUGAUGUCCCUUUUUUAUAUAAAAACUUCUCAAUAGUCUGUGCAAUAUAUGCCUUAAACUUUAAAUGUGUGUUUUGUAUAAGCAUUUCAAAGAAAUAAAAGUUCAGUUUUUUCAUAAA